GCUUAUGCAAGCGUCGCCUGUGAAUGGCAGAUGCAGAUGAAGAAGAAAUUGGCGGCAAAAUUUUGUUAGAUUGUUUAUUUAGUGUUUGAGUUUCUGGUACUCCUUCCAUGGCAUCCCUCUUCGGAGAUGACGGUGUGGAUGACCUGUUUAAUGACAACCUUCCGACGGACCCGGACCAGCUUCCCAGCGAUGGCGAAGGCGAAAAACUAUUUGCGGACGACGAAGAAAACGGCGGAGAGCCAGGCAGCCAGGAUGCCCAGACAGUAGAGCCUAAGAAACGAGCUGUGCGAAAUCCCCGACCCCGACUCACUGUAGAAACACUUCGAGGUCCUCGGGGCAUCCAGACCAUCGAAGAUUAUUUUAAGGACAUCAAGUUCAAGGGCAAGGGUUACGAGAAAACAGAUCUCGACGAGGUGCUACGACGCCUGCAGCACUGGGGUCAUAGGAUGUAUUCCACCUACACCUUUGACGAUGUGCUUAACAAUAUCGAACGGCUGGGCAAGAAGAAACCUCUUCAAGUGCACAUGGCGCGUUAUCGCCUCGGUCAGCUGGAGCAGAUGCGUGCUCACGAAGCGGAAGCCAUGGAGGAGGCGCAGGAUGAGCAACAGGAGGGUGCCGGCGAUGAACCCUUUGAUGAGUUCGACGCGCUGCUAGGUGAACAGAUUGCCAUGUCUAGAUUGGCGCCUCGCACCCCGCACCAGAGGAAAAUGUCCACUACCUCUGGUAACAGUACGCUGGUUACCCCCUCAUUCUCCCGCGGCAAUGCGGUGAUGUCCACGCCGUAUUCAGCUGUGAAUGCUACCGUCGAUCGAAAUGGAGCUCCUGUGGUUCCAGCCUUCGAUCGGAACGGAGCUCCGUUGGCACCGAUGGACAUCAGUGACUACGGUCAGCCGCUGCCACCCUCACAGCCUCCCACGCCGGCGGCUAAGAAAUUAUCCAACGAACAGAUGGCCAGGAUUGCGGAAAACCGCAGGUUGGCGCAGGAGCGCCUGAAGGCCAAGAAGCAGCAGGAGAACGCAAGUACAAGUUAAUGGAAUGCAUAAUAUUUAUGACAUAAGAAUGUAUAUUUUUAAAAGAAUAUUUUAUAAAAAUAAAUGUAUUCAAUAAGCUACGUCAAAAGUUAA